UCCUAACACAAUACAUCAAACAAACAAUUUCAAAGAAUAAUUUGAUUUCUCUAAGUUUGUAACAUUAUCUACUCAAUUUUAAUCAGAAAAACAUGAAUAACUCCCAGAACGCAAGCUACCAAGCUGGCCAAGCCAGGGGCCAAGUCCAGGAAAAGGGUAACCAGAUGAUGGACAGGGCUGCCAAUGCUGCACAAUCUGCAAAGGAAUCAGUACAGGAGACGGGGCAACAAAUGCAGGCCAAGGCACAAGGGGCGGCAGAUGCAGUUAAGAAUGCCACUGGCUUGAACAAAUGAAAUUCUAUUCUUGAUUCUCAUUUUUUUUUUAUUCCCUCUUAAUAAUUUGAAGUUUCGUUUUCAUUUUAAAUUAGGAAAGCAUUUUCGGUUACUUACUUAGUUGUGUGUAGGUCAUAUUGUCAACUUUCCUAAUGUCAUUCUUUCUUUCAAUCUAAUAAUAGUGUUGGUUCCGUUGAAUUUAUGAACUAUGCAUUGUCGA